AGCCUCCCUCAGGCCCCUGACACGUCUGGGCAGCUGCUCAGCCCCAUCCAGUGUCCCUCAGCCCCAAGGCCAGCCCACUCUGGCUCGGCCGGGCACACUAAACUUAGCUUCCACCCCCCGCUCGAUAACCGCCGCCACCACCCCAGCCCGGCUGCCACCUGCCCAGGGAGACGCUGCCACCGGACCUGCCCCGAGCGCCCACUCCUCCGCCAUCGCCAUGUCCCAGACCAAAGCACUGAAGGUCCGCGUGACCCUCUUCUGCAUCCUGGUGGGCAUCGUGCUGGCCAUGGUGGCCGUGGUGACCGACCACUGGGCAGUGCUGAGCCCCCAUGUGGAGCACCACAAUGCCACCUGCGAGGCGGCCCACUUCGGCCUCUGGCGGAUUUGCACCAAGCGUAUUGUCCUGGGCAACAACAAGGACAAGAGCUGCGGACCCAUCACCCUGCCUGGGGAGAAAAACUGUUCCUACUUCAGGCAUUUUAACCCAGGCGAGAGCUCGGAGAUCUUCGAAGUCACCACUCAGAAAGAGUACAGCAUCUCGGCGGCUGCCAUCGCCAUCUUCAGCCUUGGCUUCGUCAUCAUGGGAACCAUCUGCGCGCUCCUGUCCUUCAGGAAGAAGCGGGAUUACCUGCUGAGGCCGGCGUCCAUGUUCUAUGCCUUUGCAGGUCUCUGCAUCUUCGUCUCGGUGGAGGUCAUGCGCCAGUCGGUGAAGCGCAUGAUUGACAGUGAGGACACCGUCUGGAUCGAGUACUAUUACUCCUGGUCCUUCGCCUGCGCCUGUGCCGCCUUCGUCCUCCUCUUCCUCUGCGGCCUGGCCCUCCUGCUCUUCUCCCUCCCGCGAAUGCCCCAGAACCCCUGGGAGUCCUGCAUGGACGCCGAGCCGGAGCACUAGCCCGCCUGGGGCCCCAGCGACUCUCCUGGCUUUCCCCUCAGGAAACGGAGCCCAGGCUCAGAAUGUUCUAGAAGGGAGGCGGGAGCUUUACAUCUCCCCUGUUCCCACGACCCCAUGACCGCCACAGCUGCUUUCCCCUCUCUGAGCUCCUCUCUGGGCUGAGACAGGCUCCUCUGGAAUCCAGCAAGUGGACAUGAUCCAGACCC